AUGUCCACAAUAGGCUCCCCUGGGAAAGGCGGCGGCGGCGUUCCGACAACAGACAGCGGGUGUCAGCCGCCACGUGCUACCCAAGGCCACUCGCUUAGUGUCAAGGUCAUUGCCACUCCAGCUCGGUACACGCGGCACCCACGCUUCUCUGUCACCACAAAUAGACCGACCCACUCAGCCAACCUGUGUACCGCAAGAACACGCCUCAACACGUACCACAAACGUGCCCGCCACGACCAUAACUUGUUCCACAUAGCGUAA